AUGGGCACGUCGACCGGUCACCCACAGAAGGACGGUCGCGAUCCGGAGCACGGCCGGCUGACGGUGGCCACGCUGGCCGUGGGCGGCUGGCUGACGUUCAGCGGCGUGCAGUGGCGCACGCUGCCGCGCCACCACUGUCUGUUGGCUGCCCUGCCGGUGGCCGUGUUCGCCCUGGCCGCCGCCGGGAUGCUCCUGUUCCCGAUACAGGCGGACGGCGUGCGGCGGCUGCUGGAGGCAGGGGCCCAGUACGGCUUCCUCGUCCAGUCCGUCACCGUGCUGGCCGUGUUCGUCCGCCGCCGUAAAAGCCUGCUGCGUCUGGAGUCGGCUCUGACGCGGCUGGAGCGGCGCGCCGGCCGGCCCCGUCCCGGCUGGCGGCGCCGGCUGCACGUGCGCCUGCUGCUCGUCUGGCUGCUGGCGGCCGGCGCGCUGGCGCUCUGGUACUGCUUCCUGCUGGUGCCGGCGCGCUUCCACCACCCGUACUACAUGGUCAGCAUGUUCGUGCCGGAGCUGCUCCACCGGCCGCCCGCCUACUGGAUCGUCAUCGCCUACCAGAUGGUGUUGAUAUUUUUCUCCUGCUGCCUGGCGGUGACGUUCGACUCGUGCUGCUACAUCUGGAUGGACGCCAUCAGCUUCCACCUGUGCGCCAUCACAGAGCUGGUGAGCGGCGCCCCGGCCGAUCGCCGGCGUCGCGCCGUCGCCGCCGACGGCACCAAACCGACACCCACCACAGGACCAGCCGAGAGGCGCGUCGGCGUCGACGGGAGGUGGGCCCUGCCGACGGAGCGGAGACGCUCGCAGCAGGAACAGAACGGUCUGCGCCGGCCGGCGGGCGACGGUGACGGGCUGGUGCGUAUAGAGGUCUCCGAAAACCUGAAGACGAAGAGCGCGCAGGUGCCGCGGGACUGGCCGGACGGCAGGGAGGAGGGCCCGGCGGAGCCGACCACGGACUCGGUGGAGAGGACACUGGAGCUCGCCACCCUGUACUACUCAGACGUUCGCAGUUUUCUGGAGUCCGUGAACGAGGUCUGUGGGACGUCGCUGUUCAUGGCGCACGCCGCUGCCGUAUCGGCGAUCCUGUUCGCGGCUUACUACGUGAUUGGUCUAAUAUUCAGUCUGUCGGUGCGCUGCAAUCAGCUGGUAAUGGUUCAGGCGGUCGCUGUCAUUGUGUACGUCAGCCUCUUCCUGAUCCGCGCCAUACUGCUUUCGGUGGACGGUUCGGGCAUCAUGGAACGGAAUUCAGCCCUAACAGACGCACUCGUCGAUGUGGGCGGAUCGAAGCUGAGCAAAGGAGCGAACCGACAGCGCAAAUCCCUGCUGCAGAAAACCAAACGCCCGUUCUGCGUGGAUGUCAUCGGGUUCUUCGCAUUGCAAAAGUCCAAUGUUCUUUCGAUACUGAGCUUCGUCCUGACGUACAUCAUCAUCCUGAUGCAGAUGGGAACCCUGCAGGGCUUCGACGGCGACAUCGCACACAGCCCAGAGCAGAACAGUGGUGAACUGGACGGCACCCAGUAAUGCACACACUUCUUGUGACCGCACCACAUUUUUAACGAAUACCGUGAUGGUAUUCGUGCAACUGAAACUUUCGCUGCGAUACUUUGUGAAAUGGAUUGAAAAAAAUGGCAUGCACUUAAUGAUGUGGACUUUCAAUAAAGUCAAACCAUCAA